GAAAUAUUCGUUCACUUUAUGUUUGCUCCGCAGCCCCCAUUCUCGCCGAGGAAGGGAGCUCGAAAGGCCUCCAUAGCCCCACCUUCGUCUCCCAGCCCUAACCCUAGCUCGGAAUCCAGAGAUUUAAACGCUAACCCUGGUUUCAGGGGGGUAUCGGUUUCGAUCUCCAUUUGUGGAACUCGUAGGCAAUCCAAGUAAGCUAGCUGGAACCUCUCCAUCUCCCUCCCUGAAUCGGCAGUCCCGGUUUCAGAGCGGUUCUUGGCUAGGGUUCCGGUUCUUUGUUCACUGGAUGGGCGUUGGGUUUCGAUUUUUUUCUUCCCGUGGUAAUAAUCGUCUGCGGAGUUUGGGAAUUCCAUGUUUGGGCAGCUGUUCUUGCGUGAAUUGUGCGGAGGCAUGUCGGCGCUGGCGUUCAGUGGCAAGAUGUGGUUUUCGGAAGUGAGUUAGGCCUAGCAUGAGUUCUUGAUUGAAAAUAUCUGCACGACUGGAACCAGGUGCUUCUCAAAGGACUGAGAGGCUAUUGAAGUUUGCACAUUUCUUUCCAUUUGGGUAGAUUUCCCUUACUGUUCCCGGACAAUGUGAAAGCACUAGUACUGGUUACUGCAAGCCACCUCAUCUAUGCCAGAGAAUGAAGUCGCUGAGAGGAUCCAUAACUUUUUUGAGCAAGAUAGCUUCUCGCAAAUUCUUCAUUCUUAAGUGCAAGGCCAAAGUUGGCCAGUUUUAACCAACAAUCCAUGGAUUGGUACCCAAAGGCAGAAUGGAGUUCUUCAUAAUUUUGAUUCAAAGAACUACAUUGCUCAUUCUUCAGCUAUUUGUGAUUGCUUUGCUUUUGAAAGAGUCUGAGCAAGGCAAUGGCAGACAGUCUUCGCAAGUGCCUUCUGGCAUAAAUUUGACGCAGUCAACCCUAAACCAAGAAUUUGCUAGAAAUCAAUCUAGAGGCCAAGAAUUCAACUCAAAUGGAUUUAUGCAUGGUUCUCAUGGUCUUCACCGAAGUUCCAAUCAAGUGGGGUUUCUAAGGGAUGGAACAACUUCUGAUAGUCAUAGUCUACCACUUAGAGGCUUAUGGACUUUUGAGUUGCAGCAGGGAAAGGCCCCUGAAAAUGGCUCCGGUCUUAAAAGAAGUUCAGAGAGGUCUGAUGUAGUUGAAGCUCCUGCAAAUUUUGGCUUUUUUGGUGCUCAACAACAGCUCAGUAUGAGCCAACACCCAGGACUAUCACAGCCUCACUCUAGGCAGCAGCAAGGGUUUAAUGAUAUGCAGUUAUGGCAACAACACUUGGUGUACAAACAUCUACAAGAGAUUCAGAGGCAGCAGCAACUUCAGCAAUUGGAGCUGGGGGGAAGGCCACAAAGUUUAAAUACUCAGCUACCUGGAGUUGCAAGACAACCAGCUGUUGAUCGGUUUCCAGGCGUGCUGAAUGGCAUGCCUGUUAGUGAUUCAUCUAAUUACAUGUGGUCAAAUGAGCAUAUAGAAGGUGAAUUGAAGACUCCGAGCAGCUCUCAUAUGCUUCUUGCUGGGAGUAUGAGCAUGGCACAGUGUAGUGGGUCUCCCAUGCAUGGAAUUUCAAAUGGGCUUAUAUUUUCACAUGAACAGGACCAAUUAAUGCGACCUUUGGGGUUUAUUCCCCAACUUGAUCAAUCUUUGAAUGAGACUCCUGUUCCCCACAUGAGAGGCUCUUCAAUUUAUUUCUCCCAGUUCCAAGGAAUGUCUCGUGAUUACACUGAUGCAUUGAUCAAGGAAGGUGGGAACCAGGCAGAGAAGUCAUCAAUUCAGUCACCUGCACUAACUUGUUUUCAAAGUGGUCAUCUUAUGGUUCCCGAGCAGGGCUGCUUACAGGACAGUGUUUUGAUUGCUAAGCAGGCCUUUCAAGGAAAGAGUUCUCCGGAGCAAGGUUCGAAUAUUGGUGCCACAUCAGGUAACUAUUGGCAAGCAGAUCAUGUCUCACAUAAUUUGCAGGCUCAUGAAUUUCAAGGUAGGAAGGAAGAAAGUGAUUGGUCAGGAAACCUGGAGGAAGAGGCAGCGAUGCAGAUAAAACCUUCUCGUGGUGGAACUAGUCUAGAUCCGGCGGAAGAGAAACUCUUGUUCAGCACAGAUGAUGAUGGCAAUUGCGCUUCUUCUUUUGGAAGUAGUAUCAUAAACUCAACAGGUUUUCUGCAUGAUAAACCUUUGGAAAGUAAUGACCAUUUUGGUACAUUUCCUUCCAUUCAAAGUGGGAGCUGGAGUGCUCUUAUGCAAGAGGCUGUGGAAGCUUCAAGCAGCAAUGCUGGACUACAUGAAGAGUGGAGUGGCUUGAGUUUCCAGAAAACAGAACUAUUGAGUGGGAAGAGGUCUGCUGCAUUAAGUGAUAAUGGAAAGCAACAAAUGAUGUGGGAUGAUAGCAAUCAGCAGAGUGCAUCAUCUAUGACCUCAAGACCUUUUCCUUUGUUUAAUGAUGCUCAUGCCAGCUCAAACUGUCGUACAGCCCGUAGUUUUCCGCCCCCUGCUAGAUUUGCAUAUGAACUGAAUGAGAGAGUAUCAACUGAUGCUUCCCAUGAGUCCAUUCAACAACCAUCAGAAGAAGCUAGUAAUGAGCAUCUAGAUCAGAGUCACCAGCAAAAGCAAUUUAUAGGGACCACCUUUCAGGCUCAAAUGCACUUGGAUAAUGUUUCUAAUGAUGUUUGGAAAGGACAGAUGUAUGAACAGUCAGUAAACUUUGCAAAAUCUACAGGCAUAGAGCUGAACUUGCAGAACAUGCAGGUUUUGGUUCACCAACAGAAGAUGCCUUUGCCUAAUAUAAAUAGCCAGCUUAGUAACAAGCCAAAUGGAUGGAACAUCAAUGGGUCACUGUCUCCUGAUAAAUUGAAAGCCCAUGAUAAUAAUGUCACAAGUCAAGAUGCUACCUUGCAUGUGGAAAAGAACUAUGACAGCAAUAUUUGGAAGGUUGGUGGAAAUCAGGCAGCUGUAUCCUUGCCUAACUUUUCUGGUGGGUUGCAGCCAAUUAGAUCUGACCGGGGCAGUCCUAGAGUGAGCAAUGAUGAUGCCUGUAUGGGUGACUUUGCUGCUAUUACAACUUCAAGUACCUUGACAUUUAAUCGGGAAAUAAAUCAUGAGGUUCUUAACAGGCAUCAGGGUGAUUAUGGAAAACAUGUUGCUGUUGAUUCCACUGUGAAAUAUAAAGGAGAUGAAAAUUUUACAAAAUACCAGAAUCAGUUAAGCAGGGGUCAACAUGCUUGGGACUCAUCCUUAAAUAACACUGACCAAGGAUCAAGUGAACCAUAUAACGGCAAACAAGAAAAUAGCCUCCCAGAAGAGGUUUCUAAUGAAGGCUAUGAUUUCAGACAAUCACAUCCCACCUUGCAUGCUGAUCCAAGAGGUUGUGCAAGAGAGAAUUUAGCUGGAAAAGAACACCAUCUUUUGGUGAUCAAAGGCCAAAAAUUGUCUGGUCAAUCUAGUUGGAAAACUUUGGGGCCUCACAGGUUUCAGUAUCACCCAAAGGGAAAUUUGGGGAUGGAUAUGGAAACUGAUUCCCAAAGUGACAGAUCAUAUUCUCGGAGCACUUCCCAUUUGGUAGUUCAAGGUUCGAAGAAUCGAGAGCAAGCUGGACAUUUUGUUGGAUACAAUGCUGUUGAUAUGGGAAAGGGGCACUUAAUUGGUACACAAAGGAGUGCAAAAGGAACCAAAGAAAUACAAUAUAAAGGCUCCAUUCCUGGCCGUGACUCUGCUUUGUCUUCAUUUGAUGGAUCAGCUGCUCGUUUUUCUCAGAAUAGAAGUGCUGGCUGGUCAAGUCAAUAUAUGCUCGACCUUCUUCACAACGUGGACCAAUCAAGGGAAAGAAACACUGUUUCAUGUUUCAGUUAUUCUGAUCAUAGUGCACCAUCUGAGAUGCCUGAGUCAGCUGCUUCUGAUGGUUCUGCUCAUCUUCAGCAUAGCCAGUCUUCUGCCUUGAAAGGGUUUGGUUUAACAUUGGCUCCACCAUCUCAAAGACAACCACUUUCAAAUCAUUCCUUGCCCUCACAGACUUCCUUACAAGCAUUAAAUGAUUGUGAUUCAAAGGAGCUGGACUCAGGGGCAGGAGACAAGGAUCAGAUGUGGUUGACAUCGACCACUAAAAUUCCAUCUAUCCCUCCACAUGAAACAUCUGAGGGAGAAAAUUUGGAUGAUGAAUCAAGUAUAUCUGGACAGGCUAGCAUGUCAAGUAUUUAUGAAAACUCCAUGGCUCCCUCCUCACUUCCUUAUGCAUGGAACAAGGAUAUCUUUAAUGCAAACGUACUAGCAACAAUGGACCAUUCAGCAAGACCUUUUGGAAGCGAAGCGGAUGUAGGUGGUCAUAGCAGAUACACUUCUCAUCCUAAUGUGACAGAUGACUCUAGUGGUGGAGCUUUAGCUGAUCAAUCUGCUCAGGUCUCACUACCUAGUGUGGAUGACAGAGUUUCCUCUUUCAGACUUGUGCCAUCUGCUGAUACUUGUGCACCAAUUGCUUCGCAGUUUUAUUCACUAGAUUCAGGGCAUUCUCAGCUGAUAAAUGCAAAUACUCAUGUAAUAAAUUCAGGUCAACAACACUCUCUUGUGGAACCAAAAUCAGUUGACCAGCAUUCUGCUACAACAGGCUUUUCUCAACAAGGUGGCUUUUCAACAAUGUUACAUAAUGUAUGGCCAAGUACAUCAUCUCAUCAAUGCCUAUCUGGAGCCCAGCCUCAAAAGACAGUGCCCAUUGUAAGUCAGUCUACAAGUCCAUUACCUAGCAUGAGGGCUACAAAUUCUUGUACCAUGCAGAUGACCGUUGAUGACAGCAGCAGGAGAGGAGGAAGUGCUCCAUGUGAGAUCGGUUCAUCUUCUAUUGAUUCCUAUCAACAACAGCCGCCUGAUAAGGUGGAUGUUGCUCCUAUGAAAGGCAAUACAUCGCAAGGGCAAGAACUAGUGCGAAAACAUCUCUCUGAUGGAAAUUCUGCUGUCUCCAUUCCAUCACUGGUCUGUCUACACCAGCAAGAUCUCAGUCGAGCAAAACAUGGACAGGACUUGAAUAUUGCCUCUUUAUAUCAUGGUAAGGGUGCCUCUGAACUAACUCUAAAAUCAUUAGAUGCUCAUACACGAAACUACUCCCUGCUUCAGCAGAUGCAGGUGAAGGGUGUAGAGCCUGAUCCUAGUAAACAGAUUGGAAAGAGGCUCAAAGGAGCAGAUUUGGAUUCUGAUGCUGUGCAGAUCGGGUGGACAGGAGGUCAGAGGUUUAUUUUUGGACAGAAUUCAGUUUUGAAGGAACUGGAUGCAAGCAUCCAGCAUAGUUCAUUUCCUUCUGAUGUCAAAAUGCUGAGCUUUUCUUCAAAGGAAAAUGAAGAUAAAAGCACAAGCACGUGUUCUCAGAUCACUGGUAGAGAUUUACCUUCUCAAGAUCUACUUGCCUCAAUACAGCAUGAUAUGCAGAAUCAUGCAAAUUCUCCUAUUAAAAGUUCCAAGUCAACAGGGAAUGAACGGCUGCAGAUUAGUCCUCAAAUGGCUUCUUCCUGGUUUGGGCUGCAUGAGGCCUAUAAAAAUGGUCAAAUUCUAGCAUUGUAUGAUGGACUCAAUAAUUCUCAAAGGACUGCAAAAGGUGCGACCUGCUUCUUUGCAAAAGUUCCUGAGGGCAUGCAUAACAGUACUCUGGUGGAGGAAAGAUUUAAUGCCAGUAAGGUCGGUAACCUCCAGCAGAAUACAUCAUCCGCCGUCAUAGCUACCAUUGAGGCACCUUCUCAUUCUCUACCUCCGGAUGCCAUUGAUAGUAAUAUGAUUCUAAUGCCAAAGAAGCGUAAGAGUGCAACCCUGGAGCUGUUACCUUGGCACAAGGAGGUGAUGGAAGGUUCUAGAAGGUUGCAAACUAUCAGCAUGGCGGAGUUAUAUUGGGCUCAGGCCGCCAAUAGGCUAAUUGAGAAGAUUGGAGAUGAAUUCGAGAUAACGGAAGAUUUCCCAUCAAUUACUCGAUUGCGAAGAAGGCUUGUCUUGACAACUCGGCUAAUACAACAACUCAUUCCCUCUGUACCAGCUAGAUUUCUUAAUGCAGAUGCAACUUCCUAUGAAAAUAUCGCAUACUUCAGUGCUAAAUUAGCACUAGGAGAUGCAUGCAGCCUUGUCUCUUGCUCAGGAAAUGAUUCUCACAUGCUUUUGAACAAUAGAAAAAUGAGACCUGAAGAGCUUAAGUCCUCUGAGAAAGCAGGAGACUCUUUUUUCUCAGAAGUCAUGGGAAGUUUUAUUGGAAGGUUAGAGGAACUUGAAAGCAAUCUCUUGAGAUUGGAGAAGAGGUCUUCUAUAUUAGAUUUAAGAGUGGAAUGCUGGGAUUUGGAGAGGUGUUCCAUCAUCAAUCGUUUUGCAAAGUUCCAUGGUCGGGCUCAGACAGACAGCGUCAGGAGCUCAUUGACCUCCGAAAAUGCACCUCACAGAGAAUUUCACCAGAGAAAGGUGAUGGCUUUUGCCAUGCCUGGAAAUUUUCUUGAGGGGGGGCUAUGUCUCUCUCUCUAGAUCAUUAACUUGUCGAUCGGUUUUUCCUUCACCAUUUGUUGUUAUCAUCCAUCAUCCUGGGUGCUUUAUGCACAUCGUUCACACACAAGUAAACACAAACAGAAGUGGGGAAGUAGUUGCAUCCACUAAAUAUUUUGAAGAAGCUGAUGCAACAAUGUAGGGGUGUCUAUUUUUUCAAAUUGAUUGCUUUGGGUGGUCUUUUCUUUGCUGUGCCCCGGGUAUAGGUUUUUGUGUAUUCAUGAAAGAGGAGGUUUGGCUUAUCCAUUGUCAUUUUUCAAAUGGAGAGGGCUUAUUAUUUGCUUACAUGAGAAAUGACUAUGAUACUUAGGUCGCUUAUAAUCAUCCAAUUCAUCCUCGACCAGAUCCUGCUAUUUUGCAGUCAUAUCAGAAUGCAAGGUACUGCAUUACAUACUCAAAGAAAGAACAAAUGGUAAUGCUGCCA